AUGGCUUCCCGUGGACUCCCCCGUGCCCUCCGUCUGGCCCGUGUUGCCGCCCCUCGCACAGUCAUCUCGGCCGCCCUCCCCCGGCCUGCUCUCGCUAAGGCUGCUACCCGUGUGGCUGCCUCGACCGCCCCCGUCCGUGGUGUCAAGACCAUGACCUUCGCUGAUUCCAAGGAGACCGUCUACGAGCGUGCGGAUUGGCCCCGUGAGAAGCUCCAGGAAUACUUCAAGAAUGACACUCUCGCUCUGAUCGGUUACGGUUCCCAGGGUCACGGCCAGGGUCUCAACCUCCGUGACCAGGGUCUCAAUGUUAUUGUUGGUGUCCGCAAGGAUGGUGCCUCAUGGAAGGAGGCCAUCCAGGAUGGCUGGGUUCCCGGCAAGAACCUGUUCGACCUCACCGAGGCCGUGCAGAAGGGUACCAUUGUCAUGAACCUGCUUUCCGACGCUGCCCAGAGCGAGACCUGGCCCACUCUCAAGCCCCUGAUCACUAAGGGCAAGACCCUUUACUUCUCCCACGGUUUCUCUCCCGUCUUCAAGGAGCUCACCAAGGUCGACGUCCCCAAGGAUGUUGAUGUCAUCCUCGUCGCCCCCAAGGGUUCCGGCCGUACCGUCCGCACCCUCUUCCGUGAGGGCCGUGGUAUCAACUCCUCCAUUGCCGUCUACCAGGACGUUACCGGCAAGGCCAAGGAGAAGGCCAUUGCCAUGGGUGUUGCCGUCGGUUCCGGUUACCUCUACGAGACCACCUUCGAGAAGGAGGUCUACUCCGAUCUGUACGGUGAGCGUGGUUGCCUGAUGGGUGGUAUCCACGGUAUGUUCCUCGCUCAGUACGAGGUCCUGCGUGAGCGCGGCCACAGCCCCUCGGAGGCCUUCAACGAGACCGUUGAGGAGGCCACUCAGUCUCUCUACCCUUUGAUCGGUGCCAACGGCAUGGACUGGAUGUACGCCGCUUGCUCCACCACUGCCCGUCGUGGUGCCAUCGACUGGUCCAGCCGCUUCAAGGACACCCUGAAGCCUAUCUUCAAUGAACUCUACGACAGUGUGCGUGACGGCUCUGAGACCAAGCGCUCGCUCGAAUACAACUCUCAGAAGGACUACCGCGAGAAGUACGAGAAGGAGAUGCAGGACAUCCGUGAUCUCGAGAUCUGGCGCGCUGGAAAGGCCGUUCGUUCCCUCCGCCCUGAGAACCAGAAGUGA